CAGGCUACCAUGAUUCACUUCUACCGAGCCUGAACCAUCAAAAAGUAAAAUUAAUUAUAGGGUUAAUUGCAUGGUUGGUCACUAAGAUUACAAAAAACGUUCAAGUUUGGUCACUCGAAAUAUUUAAAUCCAUUGGUGGUACUUCGGUUUACUAAAACCGUUCACGUUUGGUCACUCUCCGUCCAACUCCGUUAAUUUUGGCUGAUGUGGCAGUCAACUCUCAAAGUUGACCGUUAACUUAAUGAUGUGGCAAUUAAGAAAUAAUAAAUAAAAUAAAUUUAGUCAAUUUUAAUGUCCGACUCAUUUUUAUCAUAAAAUAUAUAAAUAAAAUAAAAAAUAUUAUAAUUAUUAAUUACCAAAUUAAAAGCCCGACGGAUCUGCCCAGCUUCUUCUGCACGACGAAUCCAGACGACCCGAUUUUCCACUUGGUGAUGGAAUCUUCCGAGUCAGCCGCUAGAGCUUCGGGCGUGCUAGUUCACUCAUUCGAUGCCCUCGAGCCAAACAUCCUGGCUGCGCUCAACUCCAUCUACCCUAACCUUGUAUACCCAGUGGAACCCAUAGAGAUCCUCCUGAAUUAAAUCGUGAUCCAUCCAUCCGACCCAGCCCUCGACAGCCGACGCAAUCAACUACAGCUUGUGGAAAGAAGACCCAAAGUGCCUCCGUUGGCUCAACACCAAACCGCCAAACUCUGUCAUCUAUGUCAAUUUUGGAAGCAUCAUAAUGGCGUCGAGAGAGCAUCUAAUCGAAUUCGGGAUGGGUUUCGUAAACAGCAGACUCAAGUUUCCUUUGGAUCAUCCGGCCAGACCUGGUUGCCGGAGAAUCAGCGGCGUUUCCGCCAGAGUUCCAGGAGAAGGCCGGCGAGAUCGGGUUUAUCUCCGGUUGGUGCCGCAGGAGGAAGUUUUGAACCAUCCGUCGGUUGGAUUUUUUUUUUUACGCACUGCGGGUGGGGGAUCGAUGUUGGAGAGAUUGACGGCGGGAGUUCCAGUAAUGUGCUGGCCUUUCUUCGGCGACCAGCUAGGUUUGCCUGUACGGAGUGGGGGAUUGGAAUGGAGGUCGAGAAGGAUGUGAAGAGGGCGGCAGUGGAGAAGCUCAUUAGGGAGUUGAUAAAUAAUAUUUUUUAUUUUAUGGUAAAAAUGAGUUUGACCUUAAAAUAGAUUAAAUUUUAUUUUAUUUAUUAUUUCUUAAUUGCCAUGUCACUAAGUUAACGGUCAACUUUGAGAGUUGACUGCCACAUCAGGCAAAGUUAACGGAGUUGGACGGAGAGUGACCAAACGUGAACGGUUUCACUAAACUGAAGUACCACCAAUGAAUUUAAACAUUUCGA